AGCUCCGGCUCUGCCUUGUCCCGGCCGGGCGGCGGUAGGAGGAUGCCCAGUCCAGCCGCCAGCCGCAGCUCCCCCGCGCCCGCCGCCACGCCCGGGCCACGCGGACGAUGUGGCUGCGCCGGGUUCCGCUAGGGACAAGCAGGGAUGAGUAGCUCUGUCAAAGAUGCACUGGACACCAGAGCAUGCUCAGCCUCUGAAUCAGUGGCCGGAGCAGCACCUUGAUGUCUCCUCCACCACCUCCUCACCUGCUCACAAGUCUGACCUCUACCACAGCAACCGACAGCGCUUCAACUAUGCCUGGGCCAAUGAUGACAUCUCUGCUCUAACUGCUUCCAACCUCCUGAAGAGGUAUGCUGAGAAGUACUCUGGAGUACUGGACUCUCCCUAUGACAGGCCAUCGGUACUCAACACCUAUGGGGAUGGCGCUUUUGGGCCACUCAAUGGUCAGAAGGGUGACAUGGAGCCUUGGCCAAUGGCACACACCUCAGAAGGGGCCUACCCUCUGACUCCGAUGCAUGAUGGAUUAUCCAGUUCCAAAGGGAUUGUCCCUCCUGCUGUCACUCCGGGUAAUGGUCUUGGCACCUCCCCUGUAGUUGCUAGCAAUCUCUCUGAUUCAGUUUAUCCCAGUAACACUUGUGGGGGACCCACCACAUCUGGAACUCUCGGGGCAUCUCAGGAGUAUCCCUCAGGCUACAGUGGGGCCUACCUGCCAUCAGGCUACUGUAGCCAGACUGCUUCAGCGCUUCCACCUCCUCACCCAUCUACCCUGCACAGCUCAGGCCUCCUACAACCUAGCCAUCCCUCCACAACUCUUGUUCCCAGCUACAGCUCCUCAGGACCUAUGUACAACUAUGCCUCAGGUAGCUACCCACCCCAGCCUGGCUAUGGAACCAUCCAUCCUCCCCAUCCAUCAGCCUCAUACUUACCCUCAGGUAUUGCUGCCCCUACCCCCAUUCCUCCGUCCUCUCGACCUCCUGUGGUCCCUGGGUACAGCUACCAGAGCCCUCUCACAGUGCCUCCACUCAGCGGUGAGUCAGGGAGCUCUCUGAAAAGGAAGGCCUUUGAUAUUGCUGGUAGUGAGGAUGAUAGUGAAGGCAGGUAUCGAAAAUACAGCUAUGAGCAACCAAAGUCCCCUUAUCAGAUGUCCGACAGUGGUGAAUGUAGAGGGAAUGGAUUCAACCGAAGCUCUGAGGUGCCUUUCAAAGGGGGCAAAAGGCCAGCAGGAUCAGGAGUAACAGUGACAACAGUGGCUUCAGAGGAACCUGUUGGGAAAUACAGCAGCCAGCCCAUGAAAGGACUGGUUUCUCCAGCUUACAAUGUUGGAGAAGCCCCACUGAGAUCUAGUGAGAGUUUUGAGAAGUUCACUCCUCCAGUUGCCAAUGGUGAGCAUGGGGGAGAUUCCUUUUCUCUCAGGAUGCAGCCCAAACCACCAAGUUUUAGCAGUGACAACAGUGACCAGGCAGUAGAAGAGCAGCCAAAAGCAAUGGACCCUUUCAUUCUGGAGUUGGUGAACAACAAAAUAAUUGACUGUGGCCCACCGGUACAGUGGACAGACAUCGCUGGGCAAGUCUCUGUCAAAGCUGUCAUAGAGGAAGAGCUAGUGUGGCCCAUCCUGAGACCAGGAGCUUACACUGGGGUAAGCCGCCCACCCAAAACCAUCUUGCUAUUUGGGCCCCGUGGUGUAGGGAAGACCCUGCUGAGCAGGUGUAUUUCUACACAGCUGGGAUCCACCCUGUUAAAGCUCAGUGGGACAGCUUUGGUCUCCAAAUGGAAGGCUGAAGCCGAGAAGAUCCUACAGGCAACUUUCUUUGUGGCCAAUUGUCGUCAGCCUUCUGUUGUUCUCCUCACAGAUGUAGAAUCUCUGCUGGAAGACUCUGCCAUCUUGAAGUCCCAGCUACUCUCCUACCUGGAUAACCUUGCUACCUCAGGCGAGCAGAAUGUGGUUGUCAUAUCAACAACCACCAGGCCUGGCAACCUUGAUGAACCCACUCAGAGGAGGUUUGCUAAGCGUUUCUACAUUUCCCCACCAGAUGGCAUUGCCAGGCGGCAGAUUCUGCACCACGCUCUGGCCCAGCAGAACUACUGCCUCAGUGAAAGGGAGAUGGCCUCCAUUGUACAACUCACUGAGAGCUAUUCAGGCAGUGAGCUCCUUCAGCUUUGUCAGCAGGCUGGGGCAAACAAGUUGCACAGCCUGCCAGGCCAGCUUCAGCCCACCUCCUACAAGGAUUUUGAAAGCAUUUUCUGCAAGAUCCACCCUGCUGUGUCUCAGAAGGAGCUGGACUUGUAUAUGGAAUGGGAUAAAAUGUAUGGUUCUCGACAUUAGUGGUUGUUGCUUGUUGUAUCACCUUGGAUCUCUUGAAUGGAAGCUUUUGGGAGCUCUGAGGUUUUAAAAAAUUUCUUUUUGCUGUUGAAGCUUUGUGGCGCUGCGUGCUACAGUUUCCAAGAGAUGGCAUGCCACCUGCCAAUGAGAAAUGGUGAUAGGUCAUUCUCAUCUUUUCAAAAGUCACACUUUUUGGAUGCAAGACCUUCCCUAUAUUGAUUAACACACUUUUUUUUUUUCAAAAAUGUCUGAAAGUUUGACUGUGUGGUGGUUGUUGGGUCUCUUAUGUUAAUGGAAAGUAGUUGCGCAAUGAACUCAGGAUAACCUAUUUAUUAUUAAUCUGUUUUCCCAGUCAGCCCUUUCCAUACCAGCAUUGUAAAGUGUUCAGCCAGGUAUUGCCCCCUUCCCCAUUCCUUUUUAAUACCGUACCUCUUGAAUAUUUCUCUUUGCUUCUUAACUUCCUUAGGUAUGGCACUAUGAGUCAUUCAGUGCACCAUACCAUAAUAGACUCAUUCCUAGGGGAAACUGAGCCCUAGGUGCUCUUUAAAGCCAUCAAGAGCAGUGUUAUUAAAACAAAUGGCAUCAAUGGGUUUCGAGGGAAGGGGUUUUGGAAUAUUCGUUUUUAAAAAUGUAGACCGUUUAAUGUACUAGGCCUUUUUUUGUAACGUAUGUAGUGAUUUUUUUCUUUUUUUAACUACUCAGGAAAAAUAAUUUACCUCAAAACAAAAAAGAAUGUUUUUGUUUAAAGAAAAAAACUCAAGGAAAAUUAAAAUAAUCUGAGGGAUUACAAAUGUACUUUAAUGAACAUUUGUGUCCCAUAUUAAAGGAAAA